AAUCCCCGUUUCACCAAAUAUACAUUCACCUUUUCAUAUUUUCGUCUUCGGUCGCAUAGUAGUCGGUUGCCAUGCUCGAAGGCAAGGCCGUGAUAGGGGAAACCGACAUGCUCCAGACCAUGCAACAGACCGCGCUCGACCUAGCGGCCAAAGCGCUCGACUUCUACGAGGUCACCGAGCCCACCGAGAUCGCCCGCUUCAUCAAGCAGGAGUUCGAUGGGAUAUAUGGAGCGGGCUGGCAAUGCAUAGUGGGGACGGAUUUCGAGUCGUUUGUGACGCACUGCCACGGCUGUUUCAUUUACUUUUGCAUCGGCAGCCUCGCGGUUUUGCUUUUCAGGGGCUCGGCUGGGCCUCAAGCAACCCAGUUUGCGACCUUAGAUGCAGUGAAAGCAUGAAGCCAUAUUCUCCAUUUGUUUCUCCUUUGCUUGUGCAGACUUGACAGCUUGCAUGAAUUUGCUGCUUUUUCUUCUAUCACUCGAGAAUUAAUGACAAUGCAAGCUAUCUCUCACACAAA